GGUCGACGCUGCUUAAGUUGAGUUGUUUGGGCUGUCUGCGGGGAGAGAACUGUAGCUGGUUCCAGUUGAUGUUGCUGCUCCUGGGCCGCAGAGUUCCGCUGUCAUUCGUACACAGACUCACUACCUGCUGUCCACCCUCAGUGUCGAAGCCCGUUCUGCUCAGCUCUGUCCUAAUAAAACUCAGAGUGAUAACUAGAGUUACACACAGCACCGUCUUCGUUGGCCAAAAUACAGGAACCAUGCCCGAAAGGAGGCCCUUCGUACGGUUACCAACUGACGUUUACCCCGUCAACUAUGGCUUGUGCCUGAAGCCCGACCUGAUCGACUUCACUUUUGAAGGCAAGCUGGAGGCGCUGGUGGAGGUUACACAAGCCACAAAUCAGAUUGUGAUGAACUGUGCUGACAUCGACAUCAUCACGGCUUCCUUUGCACCACAGGGAGGAGAAGAAAUUAAUGCCACAGGAUUCAACUAUCAAAAUGAGGAUGAGAAAGUCACCCUGUCAUUUCCUAGCGCUCUACAGAAAGGCUCCGGGACAUUGAAGAUAGACUUCGUCGGGGAGCUGAACGACAAAAUGAAGGGAUUCUAUAGAAGUAAAUAUACAACAGCUGCUGGAGAGAUCCGCUACGCUGCUGUCACACAGUUUGAGGCCACGGACGCUCGCAGAGCUUUCCCCUGUUGGGAUGAGCCAGCUAUCAAAGCCACCUUUGACAUCGCUCUGAUAGUUCCCAAGGACCGGGUAGCCUUGUCAAAUAUGAAUGUCAUUGAUCGAAAGCCAUAUCCAGAGGAUGAAAACCUGGUGGAGGUGAAGUUUGCCACCACGCCCAUCAUGUCCACGUACCUUGUAGCUUUUGUCAUCGGUGAAUAUGAUUAUGUGGAGAGCCAAUCAUCGGAUGGUAUAACAGUACGCGUCUACACGCCCGUCGGGAAGGCAGAACAAGGGAAAUUUGCACUGGAGGUUGCGACUAAGACCUUACCUUUCUACAAAGACUACUUCAGUGUUCCUUAUCCGUUGCCUAAAAUUGAUCUCAUAGCUAUUGCUGAUUUUGCUGCUGGUGCCAUGGAAAACUGGGGCCUUGUUACUUACAGGGAGACAGCACUGCUAAUCGACCCGAAGAACUCCUGCUCGUCCUCCAGGCAGUGGGUGGCGCUAGUGGUCGGACAUGAACUCGCCCACCAGUGGUUCGGAAACUUGGUCACCAUGGAAUGGUGGACCCAUCUGUGGCUUAAUGAGGGAUUUGCAUCCUGGAUCGAGUAUCUGUGUGUGGACCACUGCUUCCCAGAGUACGACAUCUGGACCCAGUUUGUCUCAGCCGACUACACCCGCGCUCUGGACCUGGACGCACUGGACAGCAGCCAUCCCAUAGAGGUGAACGUGGGCCAUCCAUCAGAGGUAGAUGAAAUUUUUGACGCCAUCUCCUACAGCAAAGGAGCAUCUGUGAUCCGCAUGUUGCACAACUACACAGGAGACGAGGACUUUAGGAAAGGAAUGAACGCCUAUCUUUUGAAGUUCCAACAUAAAAAUGCUUCGACAGAGGACCUAUGGGACUGUCUGGAACAGGCCAGUGGAAAACCCAUCGCUGCAGUGAUGAGCUCGUGGACCAAGCAGAUGGGCUUUCCUAUAAUAGUAGUGGACCAGGAGCAGCAAGGUGAUGACCGCAUCCUCAAGAUAUCUCAGAAGAAGUUCUGUGCCAGCGGACCACACAAUGGUGAGGAUUGCCCCAGCUGGAUGGUUCCCAUUAGUAUUUGUACCAGCGAGGACCCCAAAUGCACCAAGCUCAAGGUUCUGCUGGACAGACCCGAGACAACCAUCACUCUGAGCGGCGUCACCCCUGACCAGUGGGUCAAGAUCAACCCCGGCACUGUGGGCUUCUAUCGCAUCCAGUACAGCUCAUCCAUGCUGGAGAGUCUGCUGCCGGGCGUCAGAGACCUCACCCUGCAGCCUGUGGACCGACUCGGCCUGCAGAACGACCUCUUCUCCCUGUCUCGCGCAGGGAUGAUCAGCACGGUGGAGGUGCUGAAGCUGAUGGAGGCGUUCGUCAACGAGCCCAACUACACGGUGUGGAGCGACCUCAGCUGCAAUCUGGGAGUGUUGUCCUCGCUGCUGUCUCACACUGACUUCCACGAGGAGAUCCAGGAGUUCAUCCGGGACCUCUUCACCCCCAUCGGCCUGGAGCUCGGCUGGGACUGCAAACCAGGGGAAGGUCACCUGGACGCCCUGUUGAGAGGUCUGGUUCUGGGGAAGCUGGGGAAGGCAGGACACAAACCUACACUGGAGGAGGCCCGACGGAGAUUCAGGGACCACGUGGAGGGCAAGCAGGUCCUGCCUGCAGACCUCCGGAGCCCGGUGUAUUUAACAGUUCUGAAGCAUGGAGACAGCACCACGUUGGACACAAUGCUGAAGCUCCACAAACAAGCAGACAUGCAGGAAGAGAAGAACCGCAUCGAGCGAGUGCUGGGCGCCAUCUCUGCCCCUGACCUCAUCCAGAAAGUCCUCAACUUCGCCCUCUCGGAAGAGGUUCGUCCCCAGGACACGGUGUCAGUAAUCGGGGGCGUGGCAGGAAGCAGUAAACAAGGCCGGAAAGCUGCGUGGAAGUUUGUUAAGGACAACUGGGAGGAGCUUUACAACCGCUACCAGGGCGGCUUCCUCAUAUCACGGCUCAUCAAGCUCACAGUUGAUGGAUUUGCUAUCGACAAAAUGGCUGCUGAAGUGAAGAGUUUCUUUGAGAGUCACCCGGCGCCGGCAGCCGAGCGUACGGUGCAGCAGUGCUGUGAGAACAUCCUCCUCAACGCCGCCUGGCUGAAGCGCGACGCAGACGACAUCUCUCAGUAUCUACUGCAGCGCAAGGCGCCCCCCGUCUGAGCCACAGCCCCCCUCCUGCCGCCUCCUCCAGCCCCCUCCCCCCCUCCCUCCAGCGCGGACCUCCCAGCAUCAUAGCUGCCUCGGCCCCCCCACUCACUACAGACCAGAGCGGGAGACCAGAGCGUACUUACAGCAGGCUUCAUUUCUCUAAAGAAACUGUAUGAAACAAGAAGGCAACGCCAAGAAUUUAACAAAGUGUUGGAAACACAAAGAGACUCUUUCUACGUUAACAAAGCAAAUUCAUUUUAGUCAGACCAGGAAUGUAGUUUUACCCCCAUUCUGCCCUCGAGCAGACAGCACUUCAACAUGUAACGUUCUAAAAACCGGCACUCAGUGAAGUCGCAGAAACACCACGUCCCUUGACAUGAUCGCUAACGCACUCUGCAUCACCUGCCCCGUAUGCACACCCUCAUCCAUCUCUGCGUCGUAGCUGAGAAAACUGUGAAUCCCCCCUCCCUCCCUCAUCCUCCCUCUUUUUUUCCUGCUGCCACUCGUUUUGAAUGCAUGAAGUGUGAUUUUCUGCAUUUGCUGCUUUGUUUACUUCUGUUUGUUUUCUGUACAAACAAUUUAUUAGAUUUUUUUUUUUUUCUUAGUUUGUUUCAUUUUUUUUCUCCACUCCUCCGUUAGUUAUUCAUGCCCUCUCCCUCCUCCUUCUCUUUCGGGCGUUGUGAUUGGGUGAAAGCAGAAGGCACCUGGGCAGAAUGGGGUUAAUAACAGUAGUGUGUGUGUUGUAGUUUCCAACAGCACUGAUUCUCCAUUUGCUAAUAAACGGUUAGGACGAGGCGAGCAGCGCUAGCAUGGUACUACAUUGUAAACUGUAUAAUGCAAGCAAUUUUUUCUUUCUUUUUUUUUUUUGCGGACGAUGUUCCUUUUUAAGAUAAUUCAAUGGAAAAGUUCAUGGUUACCUGUUUUCACAACCCCCAUCCGAAACCCCCUCGAGCUCUGUACAGUCAGAGUUUGUAUAGUUUGAAUCAUCAGCAAACAUAUUUAAACUCCCCCGUUUCUUUAUCUGCCACCCCCAAUGAAGUGAAGAUAUCGGCGUGUUUUAUAAAACAUAAGAUGCAGUGAUUUAUUUAAAUGUUGAGAUAAUCUUAUAUUCUGAGGAGAGAGUAAAAAAAAAAAAAAAAAAAGGAUCACAACACUACUCUUCGGGGCCUUUUUCAUUCUGAAGUAACAUCAGGAAACGCCUCUCAAUAGGGUUGCGAGUCCAGCGAGGCCCGCUCCAGACUUUGUGGACAGAUCGACUUCACUCCACUGUCAAUCUUGGAAGCCUUAAAUUGGUCCAACUGGUUUGCAGUAAAUAUUUAACACUGAAGUGGUGAUACUAGGUGGUUUCCACACAACGUCAAAUGUAUCUAAUGUGACAGAUUAUGCAGACUUGUUGAACGAGUAUAUCUAUAUAGAAUUUACAAUUUGAUGUGGUUUUUGAAAACAUACCGACCGAGUCAUCCAACCUGUUGUCGAGACUCUUUCACCCCCGCUCCUGGAACAUUUGUUGUUGUUUUUCUUUUUUGUUUGUUUUCUUUUCUUUUCUUUUCUUUUUUUUUUGUUUAAAACUACAGUUGGUGUUCAUUAAAGUGAAAAAAGGAUUAUAAAAACAAAAGAUGUGAAAUUAGUACAAGUUGAUUUUAAUGAGUGAGGUGUGAGUGUGCGUGCCUGGAAACAGAUUUGUAACUUAUUUUGUAUUAUCUCACACGUUGACACGAGGGAGGAGAUGAUCAUAUUGGAUUACAAAUGGAUGACGCAGCACUGAAACUGAUGUGUGUGUGUGUGUGUGUGUGUGUGUGUGUGUGUGUGUAUAUAUAUACAUAUAUAUAUAUAUAUAUAUAAAACAGCUGAAUUACACCUAAUGAGAAUAAAAUUGGUUACAGAUCGACGUAAAUGAUUACAGAGAGAAAAUUCACAUGUCUACACGUUUUGGUUUCAUGAAGUAGUCCAAGCAGCGUUUGGCUUUGAGUUGAUCGUGCAGAGAUGUUUAAUGUUUUCUUGUCUGUUUUUUCUAAUGAAUCCAAAUCUAGUUCAACAUGUGGGAUGUCUUUGUGGCUCUGACUUUAAGGAGAGGAGAAUCUGGACAGCUUUGACUUCAGUGAUGCCAAGGCUAACGUAAAUGUGCAGUCCAAUAAAGCAACACUUGAUGAUA